ACAUUCAGCUGAGUUUACUUUUUACGGCGAUAUGGCGGAGCAGACAAUCAAUGGCGUUCCUCAGCCACCGCUUCUGCCUCCGGCUACCGUUUCCACCCUACCAGUUCCGAGCUCUUCCGUCAUUAUCUCUAUGACACAGUCACCAAGGGUUCCUGCCAGUGGAGCAUCGUCUCUGAUACUGACAUCCUUGCUGUGCCCCCAUGGGAUCUCCCAGAUUUCUUGGAGUUUCUUGACGUUCUUUCUUUUUCUUCUUUCGUUUUCUGUCAUAGGAAUGGGCUCAAAUGAAAAGGAGGGUUACUAUUUUUACGCAAGGGAAAGAAAAUCGAAAUCUGCAGGUUCUAAGAGGAACAAUAGGGUUAUAAAGGUCAACAAGCAAGCUUUCUGGAAAUUGAAUUUCUCUGAUGAUGUUUGGGAAGAUGGGUUGCUGUGGGGAAAGAGGAACACUCUGAACUAUUUCAGUGGGCCUAAUGCGAAAACCGACUGGUUGAUGUAUGAAUUUGUGUUGGAUCCAUCGCUUGCGAAUGGGAAUGAUGGUAAUGUUGUCCUCUGUAAUGUGUACAAGAAGAAAGAUUCAAAAGAGGAGAAACGGGGACGAGGUCCAGAGGGAAGCAACGUUAUGGGAAAAGGAAAGACGUGUCCGGAAAGUUCUGAGAAAGGAGCGAAGAUUGUGCCUUGUCUUGACGUUAAUUCUGGACAACCUCUCAAGCGAAGAAGGAUGAAUUCUUGCUUUCCACAGUUGAACCAAAAGACUCAAUUUGUGGACGGUGCGUUGUCUUCAGCAACUCCUCUCAACAUAAAGGAGACUCAUCAUUCAGAAGCUGCCAUACAGCCAUCUUUCUCAACUGAGCCCUACCUUAAGGGCUUUCAUCAAACAGAAGUCGUUGUAUCAAGCACAGCAAAUCACUGCGUAGAUACUGCACCAGUUGAUGAUGAUCCUAAACUGUAUUACCAGCUGCCUGCUGCAUUGGGUUCAGCUAAUCCCUACAUUCGGGAGACUCUUUCAGAAGCUGUUAUACAGCCAUCUUUCUCAACUGAGCCCUACAUUGAGGGCAUUCAUUUAGCAGAAGUUGCUGCAUCAAGCACAACAAAUCAGUGUGUAGAUGCUGCACCAGUUGAUGAUCCUAAACUGUAUUACCAGCCUCCUUCUGCAUUUGGCUCUGCUAUGCCCUACAGUCAGGAGACUCAUUCAGCAGACGCAGCACCAUGCACAAUCAACCACUCUUCACCUGCAGAACCAUGCACUAUGGAUGCAUCUUCAUCGAGCAGUAUUACACCAACUGAUGAUCGUAAUGUGUAUUACACAGAGCCUGAAUGGGAACAGGAGAUCCAGCAAUAUCUGAGUUUUGACCCAAUCGAUCAGCUGAAUGACAGUGAUGACUUUGACAGGGAGUAUUUUACUCCAUUUUUCAAUAUGUAGCUAGCUAUCACCAUGCCCAGCCAUACAGAUGCAUAUAGAUUAUUGCUCUUGAUGUAUAUAUUGACGUACUUUCCCCAUUCAAACUUUUGAUCUUGAUGUGUUUAUCCAAGUUAAUUUCAAUAGAUUCAUAUCUUUGUUUUAUUUAUUUGAUCCAUGCUUUUUCCUAAUUUCGAUGGAAUUAGAUGCAUAUAAAGAUAAUUGUUUUUC